AUGCCCACUCAUGACUACGCGGACCGUCAGCCAGAAUCCGUAGCCAAUGCCGUGACCGCGAUGAAGCUGGACCCCAACACGUCCGCCGCGGGCGACGGGGACGCCGCGCCGCCCAGAGAUGGCGCCAGCGAAACACCCGUGAUCAAGGAUACCGACUCCGACAAAGGAGCCGCUCAAUCGCCUGCGCCAUCGAGCACGCCGAUCACUGGAAAUGGUCCCGGGCUCCCGUCGCGAACCUCCUCCCGCUCCCCCGUUAAGGACGAAGAUGACGGCGACGACGAGAAAAAGAGCGUCGAGAUCAAACAGGAACACGACACAACCAUGGAGGAAGAGAAGGUCGGCGGCGGCAUCACCGUCAAGUUGGAGCCCGGUCAGCCUCCGAAGUUGACUCGCAGUUCCUCGCAGAAGGUGGUUGCGCGCCCGCCGCAAUUGUUCUCCCAUCUCCCGGAUAGCACUGCCGAAGCCCAGGGCCACCUUCGAGCUGAUGGAUACCUGCACGAAUGGGGUAAGCAACUCUCUUUGACUCCUGUUUCUGGUGGUGACCGCCUCCUUGGGGACGCGUGUAUCUCUCGGGUACGCCUGGUGCGCAACACUACCAUGACAACACGGCCAUUUGAACCGUCCAUCGGCAAAAACCUCGCAUGCGGAGAGGACUCGGACUGUAUCAACCGCGCUACGAAGAUCGAAUGCAUGGGUGAUUGCGGAUGUGUAUUCGGCAUGUGUGCCGAGACCGACCUGCGACCGCACCAGUUCAUCUUCGAAUAUGUAGGCGAGGUCAUCAACGAGGGCCAGUUCCGGCGGCGGAUGCGGCAGUAUGAUGAAGAGGGCAUCAAGCAUUUCUACUUCAUGUCGCUCAGCAAGGGCGAGUUCGUCGACGCCACGAAGAAGGGUAAUCUCGGCCGGUUCUGCAACCACUCAUGCAAUCCCAACUGCUACGUCGACAAGUGGGUCGUGGGCGAAAAGCUUCGCAUGGGUAUCUUCGCCGAACGGCGGAUUCAGGCCGGUGAGGAGCUCGUUUUCAAUUACAAUGUCGACCGCUACGGCGCGGACCCGCAGCCGUGCUACUGCGGCGAGCCCAACUGCACGGGGUUCAUCGGUGGGCGGACGCAGACGGAGCGGGCGACGAAGCUGUCAAACGCGACGAUCGAGGCGCUGGGCAUCGAUGACGCUGACAGCUGGGACACCGCGGUGGCCCGACGGCCCCGCAAGAAGAAGAUGGGCGAGGACGACGAAGAAUACGUGGAUAGUGUACAGCCCAAGUCUCUCGACGAGAACGGUGUCACCAAGGUCAUGGCGGCACUGAUGCAGUGCAAGGAGAAGUGGAUCGCAGUGAAGCUUCUGGGACGGAUUCAACGAUGCGAUGAUGAGCGGGUUUGCAACCGUGUGGUGAAGAUGCAUGGUUAUCAGAUCCUCAAUUCGCAGUUGGCGAUGUGGAAGGAGGAUCAUAACGUGGUGCUGCAGAUCCUCGACAUCCUGGACAAGUUCCCCCGUCUCACCCGGAACAAGAUCAUCGAUUCGAAGAUCGAGUCGACGAUCCAGCCGCUGACAAGCUGCGGCGAUGAGCGGGUAGAAAAGCGCGCGGAGACCCUCCUGCAGGUGUGGUCGACGCUCGAGGUGGGAUACCGCAUUCCGCGGAUGAAGCGUGACCCCAAUGCCACGUCGACGCAGGCCGUGAACCAGUUUGAGCGACGCGAAAGCACUCGCGACGAUCGCCAACGGUCCAAGUCGCGGUCGCGGUCGCGGUCCCGGUCGAUCGAGGCGCCUCGCGGUCCGGCCGGUCAUCCGCGAGGCCACGGCCGGGGGAAGAACCAUCCUCAUGGUCGGCGGUCACGUCGUCAGGGCAAGCCAUUGCCGGCCGGGUGGUUUGCCGCCGAAUCCAACGGCAGGACCUACUACUACUCAGCUCGUGGGGACACGACCUGGACACGGCCGACCAAGCCUGCGCCACAGCCUCCUCCGCCCCCGAAGGAGUCGAGAGACAAGGCCCUGCAGGAUAUCAUCGAUGGAAUCAUGAACGCCAAGGAGGAUACCCCCAAAGAAAAAGCCGGUACGCCGGGCACGCCGCAGCUGUCCAAGCCGGCGGCGGAGAAGAAAGAAGGACAGGAAAAAUGGAGGCAGUACAGCGAAGAGAAGCAGAAGAAGCUCUACGAGAACACGCUAUUCCCUCAUGUGAAGUACGUGGUCGACAAAUUUAAGCACAAGCUCCCGAAGGAAGACUUGAAACGCUACGCCAAGGAUGUUGCAAAGAAGCUCGUCAACUCCGACUUCAAGAAUAACCGAGUCCAAGACCCGACAAGGAUCGACGAAAAGCAGCAGAAGAAAGUGAAGAAGUUCUGCAAGGAGUUCUUCGACAAAGCCGUGCAGAAGCACCGAGCGCAUGAGCAACGGCUGGCUGAGCGGCACGCGAAGGAAGGCGACCCCAAGGCUGCGGCGAGCACGCCCCAGGCACCCAGCGAGGAUGACGUGCUGGAUGUCAAGAUGUCAGACGACGAGGGUGAAGCACAGGGCGCUCUGAAGCGCAAAAGGGAUGAAGACGAAGAAGAAGAAGCCGAUCGAGGAGACGAAGCGUCGAAGAGGCCACGGUCGUCGACGCCGCCUCCCCCGCCGCCACCCCCCAUGAGCCCAGGGGAUCUGGAGGAUACGAGACCGAGUCAGAGCGGUGACGACUUCACUCCGACCGACAAGCAGAUGUUCGAGACACCGCCGCCUCCUCCGCCGCCGCCACCGUUGCCGGCCCAGCAAAGCGAGGACGAGAUCAAGGGGGAGGAAGAGUCUCCCGCCAAAGAUUAUCCUACGGACAUGGCCGUCGGCCUCGAGGAGAGAGUAUAA